CGCGUAUCGUGUUUCGGUGCGAACCGUACGGACGGAGACAGAAGAGCACCUGUUAUGUUUUGAGACGAUGGGUGUGUAACAGUUUUCAGCCCGCGCGCGUGUCUGGACGGUCUCUGCGGCGCUUUUGCCUACCUGCACAGUGUUUGACCUUCCUUAGUCAGCAAGCGGAGUGUGACUGCGGAAAGGGAGAGAGAAGAAGAGCAAGAAGGAGAGGGAGUGUCUACAGGAAAACACAGAGAGAGAGAGAGAGAGAGAGAGAGAGUCAGUGAAAGUGGAGUAGCAGCUGAGGGAGUUUUUUGUCCUGUGCUAAGUGAGUCUGAGCUGCCGGCACUGUCCUACCAAUGUGAGACCUAUGCGUGUGUUACGGAGGCAGCCGGAAGAUUGGAUUUCAUCCACAAUUAGUGACCGCUACUUAAAUCCUGGGUCAGGCCUUUUUUUCUUUUUUCUUUUAAAUCUCUUUUUGUGAAAUGUGUUUUUGAUUUUUUUUUUGGAUUUUUUUUAAACACACUUGCAACCGUAGCGCUUUUGAACUCUCCGGAAACGAUGGACGUGUCGGGCAACCCCCAAGGGUGCCCUGCUCGUGCCCCCAGGGCGGGAGACUCGAGGGUAGAGAACUCCAGAGUGGGAGAGGUGGUGAGAGUGGGGGAGAGAGACGCCCCGCUGAGGCUGUCCCCCUUCCGCAUGCUUCGAGUGCUAGACUCGUGUCGUCCUCCAGGAAUCCGUAUCGGUAUCGUCCAUGAGAAUGUGAAAAUGGGCUCAGACGGAGAGAGUGACCAGGCGUCUGGGACGUCUUCCGAUGAGGUCCAGAGUCCAGUCAGGGUCCGCAUGAGGAACAACCACCAUCGGCGCAUCUCUAAUGAAGACAUAAACAAACGUUUGUCUCUCCCAGCUGAUAUCAGGCUACCGGAGGGCUACCUGGAGAAGUUUGCGAUGAACAGCCCGCCCUUCGACAAACCCAUGAGCCGCAGGCUACGGCGUGCUUCGCUGUCUGAAAUCGGCUUUGGGAAACUUGAGACCUACAUCAAACUGGACAAACUCGGAGAGGGGACCUAUGCUACUGUAUUUAAAGGUCGAAGCAAGUUAACAGACAAUUUAGUGGCUCUGAAAGAGAUCCGACUGGAGCACGAGGAGGGCGCGCCCUGCACUGCGAUCCGAGAAGUGUCUCUCCUGAAAGACUUGAAGCACGCCAAUAUUGUCACUCUCCAUGACAUUAUCCACACGGACAAGUGCCUGACACUCGUGUUUGAGUACCUGGAAAAAGACCUGAAGCAGUAUAUGGACGACUGUGGGAGCAUCAUGAGUGUUCACAAUGUCAAGAUCUUUCUGUUCCAGCUCUUACGAGGUCUGGCGUACUGCCACAGGAGGAAGGUCCUCCACAGAGACCUGAAACCCCAGAAUCUGCUCAUCAAUGAAAAGGGAGAGCUCAAACUGGCAGACUUUGGUUUGGCACGCGCCAAGUCUGUCCCCACGAAGACCUACUCAAAUGAAGUAGUGACAUUAUGGUAUAGACCACCAGAUGUGCUAUUGGGCUCCACUGAGUACUCUACACCCAUUGACAUGUGGGGUGUGGGCUGCAUCUUUUAUGAAAUGAUCACGGGCCGACCUCUCUUCCCUGGAUCGACUGUGGAGGAUGAGCUUCACCUCAUAUUCCGCAUCCUUGGUACUCCUACGGAAGAGACUUGGCAAGGUAUCACCACCAGUGAAGAGUUUAAAACGUACAAUUUCCCUCAAUACAACGCAGAACCCCUCGUCAACCACGCACCCAGAAUAGACAAUGAUGGUCAUGACUUGCUCUCACUGCUUUUACAGUUUGAGGCAAAGAAGCGCGUUUCAGCCGAGGAUGCUCUCGGACACUCGUAUUUCAGAACUUUUGGCGAGCAGGUUCAAACGCUGGCUGACACUGCAUCCAUCUUCUCCGUUAAAGGCAUUCAGCUCCAGAAAGAUCCAGGAAAGAGAUCCUCAGUCUUCCCUGAGUCAACGAUGGCCCAUAAGCUAGGCUCCGCACCCUCGCAGUACUUCCAGAGAGAUGCAGCCAAUCCCAGGGCUCAGAGUCACAAUCUCUCCUCCACUUCCACUGGCUGAGUGGCCCCUACCAUUCUGCCCAGGGGAAGAGCAGGAGGCAGAGUGUGUUGUUUUAGUGCUGCCGGGGGCGCUGAGGUUAGGAGCACAGCGACACUCGGAGCUGUCCUCCCAGACAUACAUUCACUGACCCUGCCACACACGCUGAAGGAGCGACACACACCCUGCUGUAGAAACAAACACAUAUACACAUACAGAAAUACAAUGAAAAA